UAAAAAAGUUAUUGUAUAUGAAUAAUUUAACUUCUUUUCCUUUUCUUUUUUCUAAUAGGCAUUAUGAGAAGUUCUUACCUCAGAGUGAUUGCUGUCAUGCUAAGUCUUUAUUUUACCAGAACAGUGGCAACCAAAUCAAGAAAACUUGAUAUUCUGUCCAACUCUGGGUGCCGGUGGGAUAGGGACCUUUUGAUGGAUUGUUCUUUUACUGGAAAAUCUGAUAUACCAAUGGCUAUUCCACAAACAGUGACCACACUGGAUUUAAGUUACAAUUCUAUUAGAGCUCUCUCAGUUUCUAACGUGAGAAAAGAAGACUGGACCAUAAAACACCUGAACCUUAGCAACAAUAGGAUAUCUGAGCUAACUUUCAGCUCUUUUAUGUGUUUUUGCUCUUUGGAAACUUUAAACCUCAGUGACAAUGGAAUCCACUCCAUCUCAUUGGAUCUACAGAGACGUAACAGCUUAUUGAGGAAAUGCCAAAGAAAUGGUUUCAGAAAUGUUUUUACAUCUCUCAAAGUUUUAUCAAUUCAAAGAAAUCAUCUUAAUGCAACUCCAGGGGGACUAUGGAAACUGAAGUCUUUGCAAAAUCUGGAUCUGUCAUCCAAUGCCAUAUCACAGAUUGCCCUGACUGAUUUUCAAAACUGUCUACAGCUGGAGACACUAUAUUUACAAAAUAACAAGAUAUCCAAGAUUCACCCAGAUGCCUUCAAGGAUCUCAACAAGCUUCAGAUUGUGAACCUUAGCACCAAUGCUAUGACGACCAUCCUACCAAUGAUGUUCAUUGCCUUAACUCUGCCACAUUUGGAUGCUGACCUAUCAAACAACCAAUGGCAAUGUGACUGUAACAUGUUGGUCUUCCAAAAUUUCAUUUCUGAAUCCUGGAAGAAAAAGUGGAAUACCAUUUGCAAUGAGUCCAUCAGUACACCUGGAGUAUCUUUUCUCUCUCUACAAUGGCUCCAUUUGAAUUGUAAAAUGCAAAUGAAAGAUCUGAUCUCUUUUAAAAAAGUUACAGUCCCUGUUGGAACAACAGCCCAGCUAGACUGCAACUUUGAUCAACCUUGGGGAGAAAAUGAAACAUACUGGUGGACCCCUUACAACAGAAUUUCUGAGAAUACACAGAUUCCUCACAUUAGUUUAAAUCAAAUGAAAAAAUUAGUGAUAAACAAAGCAGAGAAACCUCUAGAAGGAUUGUAUGUUUGCUUUUCAACUUCUGGAAGGAAGAAACACAUCAUGUAUGAGAUUUCUGUGAAGCAGGAACAUUCCCUGAGAUGGGUAAGAAAGGCCAGGGAGAUUCUUUCUUCCACCAGGGAAGCAACAACAUCCCAAGACCUCACUUUGGCAGUCUGUCUGUCUGUGAUCAUUACUUUCUGCUGUGCUUUUUGCCUUGGUGCUUUCUCAAGACCUUACAUCGAUCGGCUAUGGCAGCAGAGGUGCCAGACUAAAAGCUCCGUUUCAGAAAAUGCAUAUUCUAAUGAAGGGUUCUAUGAUGAUGUAGGGAUUAUGGGAAACCCCAAACCAUUAUCUGAGAGUCAGCAUCAAGAUUCAUCUAGUAUCUAUGAAGAUACAGAAGCUCCAGAUCUAUACACAUCUGUCACUGAUGAUGGGAACCCCAGAGCAAGCAGAAGGGGGAGAGACUGUGAGCAGAGCAGAGGCAGAGCUACCCUAGAAAAUAGGAAGAGGAAUGAGAACAGGCUACCAAACCACCAUGACGCCCAUUCAAUUGACUCAGAAGACAUGAAUGUGAUCUAUAAUGAUGUAAUUACAGUAAAGAGGGAGCAUGUCUAUGGAAAUGACAUUCUCAGAGAAUUAGCAAGGGGUGGUUCUUUCCAUGAGGAUCCAAUGAGAACGUCUUCUGUGGACAAAAUCUUACAAAAAGAUCCUGGCUCAUUCCAAAGCCAUUCUUCUGAGUUAGAUGGAUCACUCUCAAGGGAAAGGAUAUUUCCUCUCCCUCAAGUUCCAAUGCACCCAAAAGCACAGAACUUUGAGGAGACUGGAGAAAUAGAUGGAGCUGCACAUAUACCAUCAAAAAUUAUAGGAGCUCAAAAGGGGUUUCCUAAGGAAAUGCAACUGAAUUCUCAUUGGCAUCCACAGACCAUACCACAGUAUAGGGUGGAUGAGAAUAGGACCAUACUCAGUGAUAAUCCAAGAGAUUCUUAUCUCUCCAGUCCAUUUCCCAGUUGGGAAAAUGAUUCUUAUGUAGAUCAUUCUAACCAUGAUCCAACACCAACUUUCUCUUCCGAUCAUCAAAAGCAGGAGUCAAACCCAGAAAAUAUCAACAGUGAUGAUGUAGUCACAGAUAACAGCUUUGACUCAGAUGAAGGAUCAUUAUUUACUUUCAGCUCCUCUAGUUCAGAGGAUGACUGGAACAGUACUCAAGAACAGCCACAUGAUGAGAGAGAUCAUGAAGCCACAUGGCCAUCAAUAGAGGAAGACUGUGUAAGUAAGGAUUCAUCUGAUAGAAUGGGCAAUACCCAAUCAGAAAGUCCUGGGGACAAUGCUAGCAUUCAGAAGACUUUGGAGAAAGGUGAGAAUGAGAAAAAAGAACAUUCUGAAAACAUCAUUUCCAAUCCAGAUAUUAAUUUGUUGGAGACAGACCAACCAACCUAUCAGAUUAGUGGUAACAGUAAAACUAGGACACAAGAAUCCCCACCCAACUCACUGGCCAGCAGUCCUGUAAGUGUUGAAAUUCCUGGCAUGUUCAUAUAUGAUCAUGUUUUGACUCUUAGUCCUGAGCCAUCAGAAUGGCAUCAUUCAUGGGAAAAACAGGAACAAGUCUCCAUUGGGAGUUCUUCACCCCAGCAAACCUCAUUCAUGUGCCCUGAAGACCCAUCAGAUAGUGAGAGCAAUGAUGCACAGAUUUAUAAAUAUUCCUAUAUGCAGAUAUCAGACACUGUUAAAAAGGAAAUUCUACCUGAGAUUAAUCCAGAGGAAAAACUGAAAAAUUCAUGACAGAGUUUUGAAGGUAAAGACAUGGAAUUAAAUGUAAUUGACUCUAUUGACCUGAAAAAGGAUCUUCUAUUUCUCUCUCUUGACUCUGGUUCCAAAUGGAUUACAAACCAAGCACAAUCACUAUAGUCUAAUGUCUCUAGUGAUGAACAUUCUUUUCAGUCUGAAAGAGAUGAGAAAUAUUUUGAAGUCUGUACCAAGAAACAGCCACCAUUACUACAUUAAAAGCUUUCUAAUCAAGAUGAGACCAAUUUGCUAAGAAUACGAGUGAUAAUAAUUGGGACCAAUAUUCAGAAGAAGAUAUGUUGGAAUUGGAAAAAAACCCUCCUAAUUUUGAUACAAAUGAACCACAGCUUGAGAAUUUUACAGAUUUUUCAGUUGGUAGCACCUAUUCCUAUGAAAACCAACUCUAUGGUGAUAAAAAUAGGGAUAUCCAAGUUGAUAAUAAAAGAGAAGGAAAUUAACAUUUUAAAAAGUAUAUUGUGGAGUAUUUAAAUGAAAAGACUUAAAAUAUUUCAAGGGAUUUACCAUGUACCAAAAACUGAUGCAACCUCAAGGAAAUCGGUGAAGAAGUUAUGAAAAAUGAGAAUGUUAAGAAGAAUUCCAAAUAUAAGUGACAUAGUUAUAAAUAUUUAGUCAAUUAAGAAUAAAGACUUUUCAUGAAAUAAAAAUACUAUUUUCUCUGGUAGUAUCAGGCAGAUUAGAAACAUACAGUUGAAAACACAUAUGGUAAUUCAGAAUAUGCAACAGAAAGAGCACUAUCACAUAAGAGCUUUAAGUUCAACUCUUUCUUCUUAAUACUUACUACAUUUGUGACCUUGGGCAAGUCAUUUAACCUCCCCAAUUUGUUAGUUCCUUUCCCUCUUGAUUUGAAUCAUAGCAAUAUGGUGAAAAAGAUGAUCGAAUGAGACAAUUUAUAUAAAUUAUUUUAAAACCUUAAAGUGCUAUAUAAAUACUAACCAUUGUUGUUGUUAUCAUUAUUAUUAUUAUUAUUAUUAUUAUUAUUAUUAUUAUUAUUAUUAUUAUUAAACUACUUAUUUACUUGUCAGUGUCCCUCCCAUAGCCUAUCUCAUAUGCUUCUUCAGGGCCAGGACACUCUUUGUCUUUUGUUCUUUGUUUGUUGUUGUUGGGGUUUUUUUGUUUGUUUUUUUUUCAUAAAAAAUUGCAUUUAGUUAAUUAAUUUAGAAUAUGUUUCCAUGGUUGCAUGAUUCAUGUUCUUUUUCUACCCUCCUCCCACCCCCCUCCAACGAGCAAUUCCACUGGACUUUAUAUGUGUCAUUGAUCAAGACCUAGCUCCAUAUUAUUUUUUUUUUAAACCCUUACCUUCCGUCUUGGAGUCAAUACUGUGUAUUGGCUCCAAGGCAGAAGAGUGGUAAGGGCUAGGCAAUGGGGGUCAAGUGACUUGCCCAGGGUCACACAGCUAGGAAGUGGCUGAGGCCAGAUUUGAACCUAGGACCUCCCGUCUCUAGGGCUGGUUCUCAAUCCACUGAGCUACCCAGCUGCCCCCUUAGCUCCAUAUUAUUAAUAUUUGCAUUAGGGAGAUCAUUUAGAGUCUAUAUCUACAAUCAUAUCCCUAUCGACCCAUGUGAUCAAACAGUUGUUUUUCUUCUGUUUCUACUCCCACAGUUCUUUCUCUGGAUAUAAAUAGCAUUCAUUCUCAUAAAUCCUUCAGAAUUGUCCUGGAUCAUUGCAUUGCUGUUAGUAGAGAAGUCUAUUAUAUUCUACUGUGCCACAGUAUCUGUCUCUGUGUAUAAUGUUCUCCUGGUUCUGCUCCUUUCACUCUGCAUCAAUUCCUGGAGGUCAUUCCAGUUCACGUGGAAUUCAUCCAAUUCAUUAUUCCUUUGAACACAAUAGUACUCCAUCAUCAACAGAUACUACAAUUUGUUCAGCCAUUCCCCAAUCCCCUUAUUUUCCAGUUUUGUUUUAUUUUUUACCACCACAGAGUGUGGCUAUAAAUAUUUUUGUACACGUCUUUUUACUUAUUAUCUCUUUAGGGUAUAAACCCAGCAGUGGUGUGGUUGGGUCAAAGGGCAGACAGUCUGUUAUAAAGCCUUUUGGGAAUAGUUCCAAAUUGCCUUCCAGAAUAGUUGGAUCAAUUCACAACUCCACCAGCAAUGCAUUAAUGUCCCAACUUUGCCACAUCACAUCCCCUCCAGCAUUUAUUACUUUCCUUUGCUAUCAUGUUAGCCAAUCUUCUAGGUGUGAGGUGGUACCUCAGAGUUGUUUCGAUUUGCAUUUCUCUAAUUAUAAGAGAUUUAGAACACUUUUUCACAUGCUUAUUGAUAGUUUUGAUUUCUUUAUCUGAAAAUUUCCUAUUCAUGUGCCUUGCCCAUUUAUCAAUUGGGGAAUGGCUUGAUUUUUUGUACAAUUGAUUUAGCUCUUUGUAAAUUUGAGUAAUUAGACCUUUGUCAUAGGUUUUGUUAUGAAGAUUGUUUCCCAGUUUGUUAUUUCCCUUCUGAUU